CUGACCUUGUGCCAGAUGAAGACAUCGAACCCAGUCCAGAAACACCUCCACCUCCAACAUCCUCAGCCAAAGUAAAUAAAAUUGUAAAGAAUCGACGGACUGUGGCAGCAAUUAAGAAUGAUCCUCCGCCAAGAGAUAAUAGAGUGGUUGGUUCUGCACGUGCACGGCCUAGUCAGCUUCCUGAACAGUCUUCUUCUGCACAACAGAAUGCACGUAGGAAAUCUAAUUGUGUGAAAGAAGUAGAAAAAUUGCAAGAAAAACGAGAAAAAAGGAGAUUGCAACAGCAAGAGCUUAGAGAAAAAAGAGCCCAGGAUGUCGAUGCCACAAAUCCAAAUUAUGAAAUUAUGUGUAUGAUCAGAGACUUCAGAGGAAGUUUGGAUUAUAGACCCUUAACAACAGCAGAUCCCAUUGAUGAACAUAGAAUAUGUGUUUGUGUAAGAAAACGACCACUCAAUAAAAAAGAAACUCAAAUGAAAGACCUUGAUGUAAUAACAAUCCCUAGUAAAGAUGUUGUGAUGGUACAUGAGCCAAAACAAAAAGUAGAUUUAACAAGGUACCUAGAAAACCAAACAUUUCGUUUUGAUUAUGCCUUUGAUGACUCAGCUCCUAAUGAAAUGGUUUACAGGUUUACUGCUAGACCACUAGUGGAAACUAUAUUUGAAAGAGGAAUGGCUACAUGCUUUGCUUAUGGGCAGACUGGCAGUGGAAAAACUCAUACUAUGGGUGGUGACUUUUCAGGAAAGAACCAAGAUUGUUCUAAAGGAAUUUAUGCACUAGCAGCUCGAGAUGUCUUUUUAAUGCUAAAGAAGCCAAACUAUAAGAAGCUAGAACUUCAAGUAUAUGCAACCUUUUUUGAAAUUUACAGUGGAAAGGUGUUUGACUUGCUAAAUAGAAAAACAAAAUUAAGAGUUCUAGAAGAUGGAAAACAGCAGGUUCAAGUGGUGGGAUUACAGGAAUGAGAGGUCAAAUGUGUUGAAGAUGUACUAAAACUCAUUGACAUAGGCAACAGUUGCAGAACAUCCGGUCAAACAUCUGCAAAUGCUCAUUCAUCUCGAAGCCAGGCAGUGUUUCAGAUUAUUCUUAGAAGGAAAGGAAAACUACAUGGUAAAUUUUCUCUCAUCGAUUUGGCUGGAAAUGAAAGAGGAGCUGAUACUUCCAGUGCAGACAGACAAACUAGGCUUGAAGGUGCUGAAAUUAAUAAAAGCCUUUUAGCGCUCAAGGAGUGCAUCAGAGCCUUAGGUAGAAAUAAACCUCAUACUCCUUUCCGAGCAAGUAAACUUACUCAGGUGUUAAGAGAUUCAUUCAUAGGUGAAAACUCACGUACCUGCAUGAUUGCCACAAUCUCUCCAGGAAUGGCAUCUUGUGAAAAUACUCUUAAUACAUUAAGAUACGCAAAUAGGGUGAAAGAGCUGACUGUAGAUCCAGCCUCUGCUGGCGAUGUUCGUCCAAUAAUGCACCAUCCACCAAACCAGAUUGAUGACUUAGAGACACAGUGGGGUGUUGGGAGUUCACCUCAGAGAGAUGAUCUGAAACUUCUUUGUGAACAAAAUGAAGAAGAAGUUUCUCCACAAUUGUUUACUUUCCAUGAAGCUGUCUCACAAAUGGUAGAAAUGGAAGAACAAGUUGUAGAAGAUCACAGGGCAGUGUUCCAGGAAUCUAUUCGAUGGUUAGAAGAUGAAAAAGCUCUCCUAGAGAUGACUGAAGAAGUAGACUAUGAUGUAGAUUCAUAUGCCACACAACUCGAAGCUAUUCUUGAGCAAAAAAUAGACAUUUUAACUGAGCUGCGGGAUAAAGUGAAAUCUUUUCGUGCCGCUCUGCAAGAAGAAGAACAAGCCAGCAAACAAAUCAACCCGAAGAGACCCCGUGCCCUUUAAAUCGGCAUUUGCUGCUAAAGGAUCCCCAUAACCUCACUACUGUAACAUAAAAUGGUUCAGCUGUAAGGGCCAUUUGAAAGUUUGAAAUUUUUAAGUGUCUGUGGAAAAUGUCUUGUUCUUCACCUGAAUGACAUUUCAAUUUUGUGAAACACUCCUUUGUCUACAAAAUGCUUCUAGUCCAGGAGGCACAACCAAGAAUUGGAAUUAGUGAAGCCUUUUGUUUCCUUUACCCAAAUAGUGAUUUACUUUUGGAGAUCCUUGCCAAUUUUGUUUUCUAUAUGAAGAUUAUGGACUUGAUCCAGAGGUGGAUAGUGGGGGAAGCCACAGCAUUUCCUUUUAACUCGGUUCAAUUUUCGUAGCAAGACUGAGCAGUUUGAAAUCCUUGCGUGCAUGCAUACCUCAUCAGUGAUUGUACAUACCUUGCCCACUCCUGGAGACAGCUGUGCUCACCUCUUCUGCUUUGUGCCUUGACUAAGGCUACUGACCCUAAAUUUCUGAAGCACAGCCAAGAUAAAUUACAUUCCUUAUUUGUCCUUGUAAAUUACCUUUGUGUGUACAUUUUUACUGUAUUUGAGACAUUUUUUGUGUGUGACUAGUUAAUUUUGCAGGAUGUGCCAUAUCAUUGAACGGAACUAAAGUCUGUGACAGUGGACAUAGCUGCUGGACCAUUCCAUCUUAUAUGUAAAGAAAUCUGGAAUUAUGAUUUAAAACCAUAUAACAUGUGAUUAUAAUUUUCUUAGCAUUUUCUUUGUAAAGAACUAAAAUAUAAACUAGUUGGUGUAUAAUAAAAAGUAAUAAAAUUC